UGAAAACACUGCGUUGGUUAAGAUGAUAUCAAGCUGCUUUUUUUUUUUUUUUUUUUUUUUAAAUAACGGACAUUAAUCAUCAGAAAUGCAACGUGCAUGUUCUGGUAUUUCUCCCUGCAGUGAUGAUUAAUCAGUAUUUUCAAAAUAAUUGCAGAUAAAAAAAGUCAUCACAGAACACUAAUGUCUCCCAGUAAAACAGCAGACCUACUGAAUGAAUAACGUUUGAAUGAAUACGAUAAUAAGGUUUUUGUUAUGUCAUGUCCCUAUUUAAACAAUGUUUUUAUUAGACAGCAGAGGGCAUCAGAAAAUCGUGACGUGACCUCAAACAUCGCUCCUCCCCCUUAAAGUAAUGCUGCCUUAAUUUGCAGUCGGAAAUUAUGGCGACUCGAGCGAACACGACACUAACGAUGGCAAACGUGACUGUUUUGCCCUCUUACAGAACAUUUCAGCACAAAUAAUAUAUGUUCUUAUUAGCUUUUAAAAUAUUUAAACUGAGCACAUUCACCGUGGCAAAAUAUGUUCGUUAUAAACUUACAUUCCCAUACUCAACACGAGAGCUGUGGAGUUUACGAGGAUCACUGAAGGCAGCAAAAGCCCCGUGACAGUCUUCCGCGGGAAUUUCAGUACUGGACGAAUUAUUUCUUUCCUAUUUGGAUUACAAACAUAACAGCGCUACAAAACAUAUUGUAAAGCAAACCAUUCAUGCCAGUGGACGUUGCUGGCACAGCCAACGCAAUACAAUGUCAAAGAAGAAAGGACUUAGUUUGGAGGAGAAGAGAACUCGCAUGAUGGAGAUUUUCUUUGAAACGAAAGAUGUGUUUCAGCUGAAAGACAUUGAGAAGAUCGCCCCUAAGACAAAGGGAAUAACUCCCAUGUCUGUGAAGGACGUGCUGCAGAGCCUGGUGGACGACAACAUGGUGGACUGUGAACGAGUGGGAACGUCUAACUACUACUGGGCCUUUCCCAGCAAGGCUCUGCACGCUCGCAAGCACAAACUGGAGGCGCUGCAAACACAGAUUUCUGAAGCGAAGCAGCGGAAGUUGUCCGUGCAGAAAGCGGUUGAAAAAGCGACAGUGGGACGUCAAGAUACAAAGGAGAGAAGCUCUCAGCUGAAGGAGUUGCAGGCUCUGAGAGAGGAGCGAACUCAGCUGAAGGCCGAGGUGGAGAAGUACAGAGAAUGUGACCCCGAGGUCAUCGAGGACAUGAGAAAGUCAAAUGUUGCAGCAAAAGAAGCCGUUUCCAGGUGGACAGACAAUAUUUUUGCCAUCAAGUCAUGGACGAAGAAGAAGUUCUCCUUUGACGACAGCCGCAUCGAUAAAGCCUUUGGGAUCCCGGAGGAUUUUGACUACAUGGACUAAAAGCUUUUUUCACCAGAGCUCAUGGUCGCAGUAAGCUGAAUAAUACGUGUUAAAGCUUCAGUUUGAAGCCAGUGUACCUGGUCUCAGCAGUCAUAGUUUAUGUUCUGUGUGUUAGAGUGAAAACCAGGCCUUUUUAUGGGCUUUGAUUAACGACAGAUACCGUAAUGUUGCCGUGGCAGAUGAACUUUAUCAGCCGGCAUGUUGCUUUGGUGCAACCGGAGAAGAGCAGCACCAAGCAUGAGUGGCUGUGAAGGGUGAAGGGCUUCUGUGAGGAACACAACCUAGUAAGCCUGACUUUUGGGACACCUGUUGGCAUGAAAACUGAGAGCCCCACUGUGAUGAUGGAAGGUAAUCUACACCUAACACAUCUGUGUAGCCAAUGGUCUAAUUUCAAUGGCUCAAACAGAUGGUUUGGAAUCAAAUCCUUGUGCUCUUUUCUUUCUGCCUUUUCUUUUUUCUGGGAGGAAAAAGGAAAAACUGCUUUUUAAGCAACAUCCAGUCCUCUUUGUUUACAAAAAGUGAUCAGGAUAAUUAAAUUGCACAAGAUGUGUUAUGUGUAAAAAUGCUGUAAAUAUUUAAAGUACGUUUACGUUUUGCAGAACCUCUUUUAUGGUGCCGCAAAUAAAAUGUCCCCUUUGAGUUGUACAAGCUGUUUUAUGCAGUUGUGUUCAUUCUAAAACUUAUUGUGUUUACAAAUGUAUUUACACCAGGCCUCCUUUCUUUUGUGCUUUCAAGUCUUUAGAAAUGACCACUGAAACAUGACCAAAUGUGUCACAAAGGCACAUUCUUUUCAGAGCUAUGCACUGUGGACAAAAAAAGGAAAACUGUUGUCAUGACUUGUCGAGAAUGACUAUUGCGCUGCUUAUUUUCCUCCCUUUUUUUUCUCCGUCAAACCAGAUCCCAAUGCAGAGUGUUUACUCAGUAACCUAGUUGACAAGGCCAGUGUGUCUGGGUUUGUUGAUUUACAUUUCAAAUGUGCUCUUCUCGUCUUACUCACCAGUUAAGGUUGAGUCAUGACUUUCUUUUAUUUAUGAUGUUGCCUAGCGCAAGUUCUUUUUUAUCUGCAGGCCAUCGAAGCAUACUGCAUGUAUAUAGUGUUUAUAAUGCUACCAAAUCCAUAAGAUCGGUUAUACAUCCGGAUAAGGAUAAUCUACUGAUAACAUGUGCAGUGUUCUUACAUGUUGUUGGAAAUGUUCUGGUGACUGGAGCAACAAUGAUCCAGAAAAAAAACAAUUUGAAAAUGCCUACCUGCAGUUUUGUUUGCUGCAACUGCCCCACCCACAGGAGAGCAACCCGAGUGUAUGUGCAUGUGUGUACCUGCCCAACCUGUCCUCACUGAUUCAUGUGUUUGACAUGCCGAAUGUUAGAAGCACUCCUAGAGGGUUGUGCAUAUGUUUUACCUCGCUGUCCCUCACUUAAAGACGACUGUUAAUUGAAGCUUUUUGGCUGAACGUGUCUUGGGAUCAACAAUGCCAUCAUUAGGCCAAGUAAAGACUUUCACCCAGCCUAAAGUAUAGGCCUAAAGGAAAGACGUAUGAUUAUAUACCACUGAACUGGUGCAUACAUAUUGCAUGCAAGGUAUACUCACAGUUCAAGUAAGGUAAAUAUAGAUUCUUACAAAAUGAUAAGUAUAUUAUAAGUACCAAUACAACAAUGCAAGAGAAAGUCCUGCAUUCAAAACCCUACUUUGGUAAAAGUAUUGUCAGCAAACUGUACUUAAAAUAUCAAAAGUGAAAGUAAUAGCAACUAAGUAUUUCACACUUCUAGUUACUUUUGACAUAAAAAAACAUGAUAUUCUAAUAUGAUAGGAAGCAGUAAAAUCAGCUUUUAUUGUACUGCAUUUCCAUGUUUGUAUUGCAUUUUUUUAUGGAGGACUUAUACUACUGUAACAAAGUAUUUAUAUACCCUUUAUUCUAAGUACAAGUAUGUCAAAAUUGUACUUGUGGUAGUAGGUAGUAAUGCAUCAUAUAAUACAGGCAUAUAAUGUGUUUUUGAGUAAAUAGUACAGUAAAAGUAUAAAGUACAAUGAGAUGGAAAUACUCAAGUAAAGUAAGUACCUCACAUUUGAGUGUUCAGUAACUUUCCACCACUGUAGUGUACGUUAU